GAGAUUUGGGGCUCUUUUGCCCGGAAUGCUUCCACUCGGCUGCUGCGGCCGGGGCCGCUUCGGUGCCCGAGAACUCUGAGCACACGAGACGCGGGAGAGCAGGGACGCUGCAAACUUGGCACGUCGGCGGCCCGAGCCUCCGCUGCACAGCGCGGGGGCUCGAUUCAAGCCCAGAAGUUCAGCGAGCAGGUCAAUCUGCAGACUUGAGGCUGCGGAGGGUUGCAGGAGGGCGCCCCAGAGAGCAACCCCUGCCCGCGGCUUUCCCCUCCACAGGGGAGAGAAGCUCAGGAGCCCAACGGAGCGCAGAGGAAGGGGCUGGGACAGCAGAGCGCUUGGAGCCAUCGUCCCCAGCUGGAAAGUUGCGGAGGAUUGGAGGCUGCUGCUGGAAGGCGGACAGACCACGGCUCAGACCGCGGGGGGCAGGAGAGGACGGCCCCCCACUGCCGCCUCCCUUCAACCAUAGUAGUUUCUCUGGCUCCGGAGCGCAGCGAGCUACAGACGAAGGCGCGGCGCUCGUCGCUGCGCGCCAGAGGCACAGGGUCCCAGCUGCGGAGCCCCAGGCGCUCAGGGUCUCUUGACACGCCCCUGGGCUUCCAGCCCCAUUGUACUGAGACUCCGGACUGCCUCCUUGCAGUUGGAGGAAAGCGAGAGGGUCGAGUGCACGCACAAUACCCCCGAGAUCAGCUGGAAGGAGCCGUUCCGGACUAAGGACUAUUUGGAGACCCUUCUCAUUUGAGGGGGAGUGAAGGGCGAGGCUGGAUCCCAGCUAGUGGGGACACUAGUAUAAACACCCCUUCUCUGGCGGGAUGGGAUCCGUAGGGCUCCUAGGGCUGCUGCUGCUGCGGCUCUCAGUGACAGCCUCGGGCUCCGGGGCCGGGACCGGGAGCGGGACCGGGAGCGGGACCGGGACCGGGACCGGCCAGCUCGUGGGUUCACCCGCCACGGGGCCGGCUCUGCAGCCUCGGGAGCCGCUCAGCUACUCACGUCUGCAGAGGAAGAGCCUGGCGGUGGACUUUGUCGUGCCCUCGCUCUUCCGCGUCUACGCCCGGGACCUGCUGCUGCCGCCUUGGUCCUCCUCGGAGCCCAGGGCCGGCUGGACGGAGGCGCGCGGCUCCCUGGCCCUCGACUGCGCCCCGCUGCUUCGGCUGCUGGGGCCACCGCCCGGGGUCUCCUGGGCCGAAGGCGCCAGCUCGCCGGCCCCGGCCCAGGCUCGGACGCUGACCAGGGUGCUGAAGGGCGGCUCGGUCCGCAAGCUCCGACGCGCCAAGCAGCUGGUGCUGGAGCUGGGAGAGGAGGCGAUCCUUGAGGGCUGCGUCGGGCCCUCCCCCGAGGAGGUGACUGCGGGACUGCUCCAGUUCAACCUCAGCGAGCUGUUCAGCUGGUGGAUUCGCCACGGCGAAGGACGGCUGAGGAUCCGCCUGAUGCCUGAGAAGAAGGCUUCGGCAGUGGGCAGAGAGGGAAGGCUGUCCGCGGCGAUCCGCGCCUCCCAGCCCCGCCUUCUCUUCCAGAUCUUGGGGACCGGUCACAGCUCCUUGGAAUCCCCAACAAGCCUGCCUUCUCCUCCUCCUGAUCCUUUUGCAUGGAAUCUGACCUGGAUAAUGAAAGAUUCCUUCCCUUUCCUGUCUCAUCGCAGUCGAUAUGGUCUGGAGUGCAGCUUUGACUUUCCCUGUGAGCUGGAGUAUUCCCCGCCCCUACACGACCUUGGCAACCAGAGCUGGUCCUGGCGCCGCGUCCCCUCUGAGGAGGCCUCCCAGAUGGACCUGUUGGAUGGGCCUGAGACAGAGCACUCCAAGGAGAUGCCCAGAGGCUCUUUCCUCCUCCUCAAUACCUCAGCAAACUCCAAGCACACCAUCCUGAGCCCGUGGAUGAGGAGCAGCAGUGAGCACUGCAAGCUGGCUGUCUCCGUGCACAGGCAUCUGCAACCUUCUGGGAGGUACGUCGCCCAGCUGCUGCCCCACAACGAGCCUGGAAGAGAGAUCCUCCUGGUACCCACUCCAGGAAAGCAUGGUUGGACAGUGCUCCAGGGAAGAAUUGGGCGCCCAGAGAAUCCCUUCCGAGUGGCCCUGGAAUACAUCUCGAGUGGCAACCGAAGCUUGUCUGCAGUGGACUUCUUUGCCCUGAAGAACUGCAGUGAAGGAACAUCCCCAGGCUCCAAGAUGGCCUUGCAGAGCUCCUUCACCUGCUGGAAUGGGACGGUGCUCCAGCUAGGCCAGGCCUGUGACUUCCACCAGGACUGCGCCCAGGGAGAAGACGAGGGCCAGCUGUGCAGUCAACUCCCUGCUGGCUUUUACUGCAACUUCGAGAAUGGCUUCUGUGGCUGGAGCCAGGGCAUACUCACACCCCACAACCCCCGGUGGCAGGUCAGGACUCUGAAGGAUGCCCGGGUCCAGGAUCAUCGAGGCCACGCCCUGUCGCUCAGCACCACUGACGUCCCUACUUCUGAAAGUGCUACAGUGACCAGUGCUACGUUUCCUGCCCCAAUGAAGAACUCUCCAUGUGAGCUCCGAAUGUCCUGGCUCAUCCAUGGAGUCUUGAGGGGAAAUGUCUCCUUGGUGCUGGUGGAGAACAAAACUGGGAAGGAACAAAGCAGAAUGGUCUGGCAUGUUGCCACCAAUGAAGGCUUGAGCCUGUGGCAGUGGACAGUGUUGCCUCUUCUCGAUGUGGCUGACAGGUUCUGGCUGCAGAUUGUUGCGUGGUGGGGGCAAGGAUCCAGAGCCACCGUGGCUUUUGACAAUAUCUCCAUCAGCCUGGACUGCUACCUCACCAUCAGUGGAGAGGAGAAGAUGCUACAGAAUACAGCACCCAAAUCAAGAAAUCUAUUUGAGAGAAACCCAAACAAGGACCCAAGACCCUGGGAAAAUACAAGAGAGACCCCCGUCUUUGACCCUACAGUUCACUGGCUGUUCACCACGUGUGGGGCCAGUGGGCCCCAUGGCCCCACACAGGCCCAGUGUAACAACGCCUACCGGAAUUCCAACCUGAGCGUGGUGGUGGGGAGCGAGGGCCCCCUGAAGGGCAUCCAGACCUGGAAGGUGCCAGCCACCGACACCUACAGCAUCUCAGGCUACGGAGCUGCUGGUGGGAAAGGCGGGAAGAACACCAUGAUGCGGUCCCACGGCGUGUCUGUGCUGGGCAUCUUCAACCUUGAGAAAGGCGACACAUUGUACAUCUUGGUUGGGCAGCAGGGGGAAGACGCCUGCCCCAGCACAAACCGAUUAAUCCAGAAAGUCUGCAUUGGAGAGAACAACGUGAUAGAAGAAGAAAUCCGCGUGAACAGAAGUGUGCAUGAGUGGGCAGGAGGGGGCGGAGGAGGAGGUGGAGCCACCUACGUAUUUAAGAUGAAGGACGGCGUGCCAGUGCCCCUGAUCAUUGCAGCCGGCGGGGGCGGCAGGGCCUACGGCGCCAAGACAGACACGUUCCACCCAGAGAGACUGGAGAAUAACUCCUCGGUCCUGGGGCUGAACGGCAACUCCGGAGCGGCAGGUGGUGGAGGUGGCUGGAAUGAUAAUACUUCCUUGCUCUGGUCUGGAAAAUCUUUGCUGGAGGGUGCCACCGGAGGACAUUCCUGCCCCCAGGCCAUGAAGAAGUGGGGGUGGGAGACAAGAGGGGGUUUCGGAGGGGGUGGCGGGGGGUGCUCCUCAGGUGGAGGAGGCGGAGGAUAUAUAGGCGGCAACGCGGCCUCAAACAAUGACCCCGAGAUGGACGGGGAGGACGGGGUUUCCUUCAUCAGUCCGCUGGGCAUCCUGUACACCCCAGCUUUAAAAGUGAUGGAGGGCCACGGGGAAGUGAAUAUUAAGCAUUAUCUAAACUGCAGCCACUGUGAGGGAGACGAGUGCCACAUGGACCCAGAAAGCCACAAGGUCAUCUGCUUCUGUGAUCACGGGACAGUGCUGGCUGAGGAUGGCGUCUCCUGCAUCGUAUCCCCCACCCCAGAGCCCCACCUGCCACUCUCACUGGUCCUGUCCGUCGUGACCUCAGCCCUCGUGGCCGCCCUGGUCCUGGCUUUCUCCGGCAUCAUGAUUGUGUACCGCCGGAAACACCAGGAGCUGCAGGCCAUGCAGAUGGAGCUCCAGAGCCCCGAGUAUAAGCUGAGCAAGCUCCGUACCUCGACCAUCAUGACUGACUACAACCCCAACUACUGCUUUGCUGGCAAGACCUCGUCCAUCAGUGACCUGAAGGAGGUGCCUCGGAAAAACAUCACCCUCAUCCGGGGACUGGGCCACGGUGCGUUUGGGGAGGUGUAUGAGGGUCAGGUGUCUGGAGUGCCCAGCGACCCGAGCCCCCUGCAAGUGGCCGUAAAGACGCUGCCUGAGGUGUGUUCUGAACAGGACGAACUGGAUUUCCUCAUGGAAGCCCUGAUAAUCAGCAAAUUCAACCACCAGAACAUCGUGCGCUGUAUCGGGGUGAGUCUGCAAGCCCUGCCUCGAUUUAUCCUCCUGGAGCUCAUGGCAGGAGGAGACCUCAAGUCCUUCCUCCGGGAGACCCGCCCUCGCCCGAACCAGCCUUCCUCCCUGGCCAUGCUGGACCUUCUGCAUGUGGCUCAGGACAUCGCCUGUGGCUGUCAGUAUUUGGAGGAAAAUCACUUCAUCCACCGGGACAUUGCUGCCAGAAACUGCCUCUUAACCUGUCCAGGCCCUGGCAGAGUGGCCAAGAUUGGAGACUUUGGAAUGGCCCGGGACAUCUACAGAGCGAGCUACUACCGAAAAGGAGGCUGUGCAAUGCUGCCAGUCAAAUGGAUGCCUCCCGAGGCCUUCAUGGAAGGGAUCUUUACCUCUAAAACAGACACCUGGUCCUUUGGAGUGCUGCUGUGGGAAAUAUUUUCUCUUGGAUACAUGCCAUACCCUAGCAAAAGCAACCAGGAAGUUCUGGAGUUCGUCACCAGCGGAGGACGGAUGGACCCACCUAAGAACUGUCCUGGGCCUGUGUACCGGAUAAUGACCCAGUGCUGGCAACAUCAGCCUGAAGAUAGGCCCAACUUUGCCAUUAUUUUGGAGAGGAUUGAAUACUGUACCCAGGACCCAGAUGUGAUCAACACUGCUUUGCCCGUAGAGUAUGGCCCACUCAUGGAAGAGGAGGAGAAGGUGCCCAUGAGGCCCCAAGACCCUGAGGGAAUUCCUCCUCUACUCGUCUCUCCUCCACAAGCUAAACGGGAGGAAGGGCCAGAUCCAGCUGCCCCGCCUCCCCUGCCUUCCACUUCCUCUGGCAAAGCUGCCAAGAAGCCCACGGCUGCGGAGCUCUCUGGUCGAGUCACUAGGGGACCAGCUGUGGAAGGAGGACACGUGAACAUGGCAUUCUCUCAGUCCAACCCAGCGUCAGAGCUGCACAAAGUCCAGGGAUCCAGAAACAAACCCACCAGCCUAUGGAACCCAACUUACGGCUCAUGGUUUACAGAGAAACCCACCAAAAAGAACAAUCCUCCAGCAACGAAGGGGCACCACGACAGGGGGAACCUGGGGCGUGAGGGAAGCUGUACUGUCCCACCUAACGUGGCAGCUGGCAGACUCCCAGGUGCCUCUCUGCUCCUAGAACCAUCCUCGCUGACUGCCAGCAUGAAGGAAGUGCCUCUGUUCAGGCUGCGUCACUUCCCGUGUGGCAACGUCAACUACGGCUACCAGCAACAGGGCUUACCCUUCGAGGGCACCACCGCGCCCGGAAGCAGCCAGUACGAGGACGCCCUCCUGAAAACCCCACCUGGGCCCUGAGCCCCCUGGCACUCGGGAGCCCCGAGCCCACGGAGGAGGGACAGGUCAUCGCUCCUCCACAACCAGAGACCAAAUGUCACUUUUCAUUUUGUGCCAACUUGUCUUGAAGUGCCACAUAAACAGCUGUAUUUUCAAAAUGCUUUAGAAAACAAGGUUUUGAGCAUGGGUUCAUCUUACUGUUUCAAAAGAAGAAAAUAUCAUCAAGACGAGUGAUGACUACAAGGCCCCAGUUCGGUUGCAUAAGGUUUUUAUGCAUGGUUGAUGUCCACUUCCUCCCGCUUCUCUCAGAUCGUGUCUGCUCGGCUUCGGUGCGGCAGCACCAGCUGCUCAUGUGUCUCCCGGUCGGGAGUCAUAGGUGUUUCCUGACCCUGCUGGCGUGGACCCGGACCACUUGAAGGGGGCAGGGAACAGAUAUAAAGGAGCUACUUGGAACGAGCUGGCAUGGGGAAAAGACUCUCUUUACUGGGAAAGGAAAAAAAUCAUAGACGACUAAGCUGAGAUGGCCCUUUAGAUGAUGUCGGGACGCUUUCGAUUGUGUCGAUUCACUGAUGAUUGUAAAAAUGUGAUGAAUAGUUAUGGUACCAUAGAGAAAAUGUGAAUACACUAAUCUGAACGAAAAGCAGAUACUCGGCGUACUUUGAGUAUGAUAAAGACACAGUGCGUACAGAUCCAGAGAUUCGAACAUCCUGUCAAUAUACCUCAUGCCUUAAGAAAACCCUCCUACCAAGGGGGAGUGAGUGCGAGGUUUCCUACUGGAUUGAAAAUGCAAGAUUUGAAUUCUUACUUCAUUUAACACCUUCCACUAAUUAAAAUCAACUCUGAUCAUUUAAAAGCAAAAAUGUUCAGCAGCAGUGAUAGAUCGAAGUGUAGAAACUUGUCCCUUCAUGGGCCUAAGUGUCAAUACAUCCCAGGCCAAAAUCUUCCAACAGUUUCCAUCAUGAAGGUGAACCACACAGACAUUUCCACCGGCAGCGGCAGGCGGGUCACUGGAACAACAGGCCCUCAGCGGUCCUGAGAGGGACAGUGUCCGCCCUUCUAGUGUUCCCCUGCCUUCGGCCCUCCUGCAGCAUGCGAUCCCAGUGUACAUGGGGUCAUGAUUUGUUCAAAUAUACACAGCAUUGUUUAGAUAGCUACCAAAUGGAGAUGGAAACAGAAUUUUCCCUCUGGGUGGCAGAGGAAGAGCCGGGCACUGGAGUGUGGAGAUGGAUGCUGGCAUGUGAUAGUGGGGGCUCCGAACCCGGUUUUCACAAAUAACAUUUAUUUCCAUCAAAGCGAACUGGAAAUGUGUUGUUUUACACCCCCGUACUUACACAAUAAUGCUUUAUCAGUGAAUUUUCAUUUCAUUCUUUCUUUCUGCUUCCCUGCCAUUCCUUUGCUCAGCUUCCUUCCUGCUGGUGGCUAUGCCAAAACAUCACUUUGGGAGGAGAGCAUUUUUCUUUACUUGCUAGGCUCUAAGCAUUCCCAAGCAACAGGACUGUAUAUAUUAUAAAUAUAUCUCCACCUUUCCCCCACCUCCUCACUUUCACCUACAUCACAAGGCUCCCUGUGGAUGUGGGAAAGCCAUUCCGUUCCAGGCCAAUACUAGCCAAGUGUCCAUUCUUUCUGUGGCGGAUACCUUGCCCUAGCCGGUGGUCCUGCACAUCUUGUAGAAGCACUCCUACCCUGGACACCACUUUUCCUUUAUCUUAGCUGCCCAAAUAGUUUCACCAGAUUACAGAUGAUGCUGAAACAUCAACAAACUCAUCUCUAAAUAACCAUAUCAGUAAAGUUUUGGCUCAUACCAGGCACAGAAGUAAAUAGUCCAAUGAUACAAACAUUAAUUCAUAAACCACCUAAAGGGGCCCAAGAACGAUACUUUGAGAAACACUCUCCUAAAAGAUAAUGAUGGAGGAGCUGACAAGAACUGAGAACAAUUUCUCCAUUUUAUAUCUGUAACACCAAUAACCAGUUAAACAGGGAGCAUGCUACAUGGUUAAAUAGCCAACUCUUUAUGGUCCUUAAUGGGGAAGAAAAAAAAAUCGUAUCCCUUUCUCUUCUUAAAAACUACAAAUCCAUUACAUUUUUCAGGUUGUGCCUUACUACCACUGAGUUUGAUUUGCUGAUUCUAAUUGUCUUCACUGGUAUCAAUCUUCAUGUAAAUGAUAGUCAAGUCUUAAAAGCCUGUAUACAUGGAUAAGUAAAUAAACAACUCCACACUGAGA